UUAAAAAUGACCCUGCCCCCACGUGCUGCUUCUAGGGGAACUUUAUACGCGCGGCUCCUACUCCGGGUGGAGGACGUUUCUGGACGUACAGGAAGUUACGCGGAUUUACGUGAUGGGAAUGAUGAUCAGGUGUCUGCGUCUCCUCUGUGCGGCAGGGAGAGGAAUUCUGCCCUUCAGAGGUCUUGGCCCGCUUCCUGCACACAGACACAUUCAUUGCUCUCAAUGUCUAGCCAAGUCUGCAGCUGAGCUGGAUAUGGAGGAAAGUGCAGAAGGAAGGGCAGAGACAGAAGAAAGCCUAAAUGCAGCUUAUACAGAUGAGGAAGCAGACACGAUCCUCCAUGUUCUCAAUACUGCCCCCCAGAGUGAGCUGGCUGCCAUCAAACUGCUCAGGGGCAAGAAAUCUGCCAGUAUUGUCCAGUACAGGGAGCAGCAUGGGCCAUUCCUAGACCUGGAUAGUGUUGUCCAAGUUCCACACUUCAAGCACAAAAUCACAGUGAAAGUGUUUGACUCCAUCCUCAGCCCUGUGGAUAAAGACGCCAAGAAGGAGCGCCGGCCUGAGAGCAGAAGCAGCGUGAGGUUUAUAAAGCCUGAUGUACCCACAGAAAGGCUGCAGGCUACUGAAAGCAUAGUAUCCAUUGUCUUUGGAAUAAAGAAAAUAGCCUGGGCCCACGUAAGCCGCUCCAUGAUGGUGCAUGACUGGCAGCAGCAGGAAUGGUACAGGUUUAUGAAGGGGCCCUACUUUGCGCACAUGUACCUGGAGGAUGUCUCAGCAGUGGUUUCUAAGCUCCCAGUGGCAGAUUUCUAUGUUCUGGAAAAGCCUGGAAUCUCCCUGCAGAACACCAGCCUGUUCCCAGUCAUGUUACACAUGCGCACAGUGGAAGCCAUGCUCUACGCUAUGCUGAACAUGCAAUACGAAGCUGAUGGAGAGCACAGGGUACUAAGCAUGGCAAGAAGCACGGUGGGGAAACACUUUGAUAUCAUGGUGGGGGAAUCACGCACCAGUGGUCUGGAGAUUGCAAAGCAGCUGCUAACACACUCUGUCUCUCAGGAGGAGCCCAGAGUUCGAUUCCCCCAAGACGCAAUCUUCCAUUAUAGAAACCACUUACAGCCCAGAGGGCAGAACAGAAACGAGGAGCUGUGUGAUGCUCUGCUGCAGGCUAUUGCCUUCUAUGAACUUGCUGUGUUCUAGGACUUCCCUGCACAGGCUCAUUGGUGGGGAGCGUAGCUCUGCAUUCACUUCCGUCCCUCGGCACUGUAAUGAACUGGAUCUGACACCAUUCCAAAACACAGCUGCCCUGAAAGUAUAACCUUAUAGGGGUGGGGCUUCCCUGUCCUAUAAGGAAGGGGCUCUCUUUCAAAACACCAAUACAUAGUUUAAGCUUCUGGAGGAUGUACAUAACAUUUAGAGCUAGCUUAUGCUAUUACACCCCUGUCACUGAGUCCUACCUCCUGCUGUACAAUCUGUGUCUAGAAAUAUAUUGCCCAUGCACAGGGAUUGCAGCAAUCACACCCAGACUUCCAGGAGGGUAAUCACCAAUAGUCUAUGUGCACCCACCCCCUUCCUUCUGAAGAACAGAGGGGCACAAAGUAACUGCAGUGCUGGCAGUGGGAGAGUGAACAGUUGCGCAGGUUAAUGGCAGCAUGACAUCAAUUGAUGUCCGGACAUGAGACAGCAAGCUUGUGGGCAGUGUAAAAGACUACCUUUGAAGGAAGCACAAGUAUACUAAUUUGACAAAGUAACUGCUGCCUAGCGAAUGAUAACAGGAAAAAAGCAGCUUAUUUUGUAAAACAUUUAAUAUUAUUAAAAGGCUGCACACAA